AUGAACUUCAGGUCGGCAGGAAUAUCAUCGGAUGCACUGGAACAUACACCUUCAUUUCAUUCAAAUACUCAGAUGAAUGCGUAUACGAGACAAAAUUUCACACGACUUUUUCAUGGAUCUUUUCAACAGAACAUGUCGAAUGAAUAUGGAAAUGUUAGUAGCGGAACACAGAUAGGGAAUGGUCCACGCACUUUAGGUACAAUUACUCGUAGGAGCAGUACAGGAUCACCAGUCCCCUUGCUGAGCUUAGUAGGUUUAUGUUUCUUUUAUGAUACUGCUUUUCAAACUUGGACCAAUGUCUAUAUCAGAGGGCUGGAUCAAGAUACGACUGAUAAGGAUUUGAGGGAUAUGUGUGCGAAGUUUGGACGAAUUGCUUCAACAAAAGCAAUUAUGGACAAAACAACUGGGCAGUGCAGGCGGUAUGGAUUUGUUGAUUUUGAGGACGCGAAUGAUGCACAACGUGCUGUAGAAGGUUUAAAUCAAGAGGGUAAAGUGAGAGCACAGAUGGCUAAGCAGCAGGAGCAAGAUCCCACAAAUUUGUACUUGGCAAAUUUGCCAUCAAAUUAUACGGAGAGAGAUCUGCAAAAAUUGUUGGAAACCUAUGGUUCAACUAUUAGUACAAGAGUUCUUAAAAAUGGUGAUGGAUCAAGCAGAUGCGUAGGUUUUGCUCGAAUGGAUAAUGAAGAAUUGUGCGCGAAAAUAAUUAAAGAGAUGAAUGGAAAAAAGAUAAUUCCUGGUUGCAAUUUACCACUAAUGGUGAAAUAUGCAGAUAGUAACAAGAAAACGAAAGUUCGGCCUCUACAAGGCAUACCAGGAUUGUACAAUAGCCUCACUCAUCUAGAAAUCACGCAACCUUGCUUUACGAGAUCGCCUUAUGAUCAGGGUGGGCAGUUUAUACGUAGUAAUCCGAAUUACCAGUACUUUUUAACUUCAUCAUCACCUUACGUUUACAGUCCGCAUCCUCAGUUUCAUGUUUUCUCAGGUUAUGGAGAUGCUGCAGUGAGUAAUAUUGCCGUCCAAAUGCAAAAUUUGUCACUUCAAGGUACUAAUACGUUGCUUCAGCAUUCGACAGAAUUAACGAGCGUAGGACCAGGAACAAGUAUAACAGCUAAUCAGGCUCCUGCAGCAAUUCCUCAAGCUUUGCAAACUUAUCCUACGGUUCCGCUUUAUCCUUGGCCGUAUAGUGUUCAGGUAAUUUCUACUCAUAUCAUUUUGGUUGCAAAAUACCAAAGUGCGCAAAGAGCGAAUGCCGCAGAUCCUAAUACGAUGGGUGUAGUAGUUACAUCUGCAACACCACUGCAAAAUUUUGUUCCAGAACUAACUGCUAUGCAUACUGAUGCAAACAUUGCUGCUGUAGUAUCAGGAAAUCAAGUUCCUAGUCAGGUUGUGUACGCCAGUCAACCUCCACUACCACCACCGCCCCCACUCCCACAAGCGACAUCAUUACCAAUACAGUAG